AUGAAGGAUCACCCAGACUGCCGCUACAGCUUGUCCUCCCAGAAGGAGUGCAGCAGCAACAACGGCAGCUUCUCCUGCGAGACCAUCCGCCGAGUCUUCAGAAACUGCCCGGGGUUGCGACCAGAGCAGGUCUACGAUAUCACGACGAGAGACACCGGCAACAUACCCAAGUCGCCGGGGGGGAGCAGCAGCGGCGGCGGCGGCGGCGGUGGUGUAUCCGUGCCAGGCACUAGAGCACCACAGCAACCACAGCAACCGCGUGGUGGAAGUCCGGCUUUCGGCCCCCAAGAUAUCUGGCCGCCUGGGAGAAGCGGUAUGGAGGACUUGCUCGGGAACCUUCACGACAGACUCAACAAUUUCUUCAAGGAGAGUCCAUUCGCGGGACUGGACGCCGACAUCAACCCCUUCGGCGGAGGCGGCGGCGGUGGCAGUGGUGGCGGGGGCGGGGGCGGUAGCGUCAGUGUUGGCGAUCAAUCGGGAGGCGCAGAAUUCCCUCCCCAUGUACCCCCGCCGCACAAGCGCCGGCAAUCGGACCCAGCCAACGACGAGCAGGGCGCCGGAGAGGCGGCUAAGGGUGGUUCUUCGGUGGCAAGGGCGUGAGUCGGGUAGGGCUCUCGGGAGAGGCAGGUCCCGGCGUCCGCUGGGCGCAUGCCGUUGGCGGGCGUUUGUUGAAUGGUGUUAUACUUUUGUCAGUUUCGCUGCCGUGGAAGAAGCGGUGCAGUUAGAGGUAUUUUCGUGUUGUGAUGGGGUAGGGUCGGCGAACGAAGCCCGAGCAGUUUAGUGAGACGGGUGUUGUAAUUUAGUGGUGCUUUUUGUCGGGGGAGGAGGGUGAUGGUCCGGGUACCGGGACGAGUGAACACGCACCUCGAUUCCAUUUUCAUGUACGUGUCCCCCUCCUCCCCCCCCCCAAUCGGUGUUAUCUAGCGGUUGGCAAAAGAGAUCGAGUACCACGGUUCUGUUCGGGUGGUUUCCUUGCGUGGAGCCUGGGCUUUCAUGGUAGAAAAUUGAACACCCGAAAUCCCCAAAUCUAGAAAGAAGCCCACGCUGGGUUCCCCAAGAACAAAAAGAGGACGCUGGCACCGUUACACGUACACUGACGUCGGCGAAAGAAACUCCUUCCUAGGAAACAGCACGAAGAUCGUGCCAACGGAGCAUAUUUUAGCGUUUGGGCUCGGUGCCCUCCCUGUACUCUAACCAUUUUCUUUUUUUUGCGAGACGUGCCCGCACCUCGGCUUGCGUUCUUUUCUUUUGUGAGGGUUGUAUUAGCCUGCGACACCGCUGCUCUCAGUUGGGUGACCGUCCUGGUGACAGUCCCGGAUCCAGAGGUGUCGUUUUUCUUCGCCUUUUUUUUGGGUUCUUUUUUUUUCUUGUGUCGGCCAUCACUGAUGCUGAUCUGGUUAAUCCUUUGAGGCAGGUCUUUCGUUGGGUACAGACGCUUCGGAGCGUCCUUUUUUGUCAAAUGUUGUGCUCGUGGGAGUGUUUGCGACAACGACAAGUAGGUGCGCGAGAGGUGGUUUGUCCUGGUGCCGAAGCACAUUCAAGGACCAAAGGUCCGAUGGUGCUUUCUCUCUGUCUGUUGCCAGAAUAAAUGAGUUGCUCAGUCGCCGGUUUCGUGAGAGCUCUUUGUCCAUCACGAAUUUGCCCUGAGAUGAGAGACUGUAAGCUCGUGCCAAUAAACAAAGCCGAGCAAGGCGAAUUAAGACAUGUUUCCCCCCAGCCUUUGCAGCAGGCACGCACUGCGUCUGGUGUAUGUAGCCCGGGCCCACAAAAUGUGUCACGAAGCGCGUUUUUCCCUGCGUGUGGGUGUGUCAGCAUCGCCCAGAGGUUGACAACGUUGAUUCCUCCACUGUGUGCUGCAUAUAUAGGCACUCAUGAUGUGGUGAAGAUAGAAAGUGAUGCU